AUGAACAAAAUCUUGGAGUCGCAUUGUACUCUUCAGGCCACACUUCGCAAGUUCUGCCUCACCUCCAAGACUGCCAAGACUUUAAGAGCUCCAAUGCCAUCGCCCUACGAAAGUCCUGCGAAGAGGGCGAAAACCGGUGAUGCCUUCAGAGUCAUUGACGGAGUGAAGUACGACCGCGCACUGCUGGACCGUGCGCAGGCAGCGGUAGAGGAUGGCCAGGUCUCCCUCGAGGGAGCAACCGCCCUGUGGGAAGAUCUUUUCGAAGGUCGCAGCGCGACCGCUGUUGAGAAAGAGACGCUGAAGUACGUGCUCGGCAACCAUCAGUUUACCAACAAAGCGCGGAGAUUCCUGGAGUCAAAGCUGGGCGCAAAGUCAGCCAGCUUGUAUUACAAGACCAUCGCCCGGGUGCAAUACGACCGCCAACUUCUGGACAAAGCGGAGCAGUUUGCCAGCAACGGCAAUAUCUCUUACGAGGAGGCCAUCGAACUCUGGGAAGCAGUCCAGGAUGGUUCUGAAAUCACCGACUGCGAGAUUCGCACCCUUCAGUACAUCAUCGACAACUUGUCGAUCAGCCAGAAGGCCCAGGAGUACUUGGAAGAGCGGUUAGCUCCUGGAUCAUCGCUGACAGCACCGGCAGGGCCGUCCACGCCAAAGCGUGCACCGCCUUCCAGUCCGGUAGAUGUGCCCUCUGCAUCACCAGCUCCUCGCCAAGCAUCCAAAGCUACGUCGCCAGCGACGCCCCGUGGGCGGGGCUUUGGCAGAGCCUCUCCGAAAACGACACCACGCGGUCGUGGCCGAAGUGCAACGCCCAAGGCUUCACCCAAGGCGAAGGCACCCUCCACUCCGGUGCGAGCGAGCACUGCGUCAGCUGCGGUGCAGACGACACCUGCGCUGACAAGAGCUCAGGCCACCCCGAAGGCCACGCCCAAGGCUACGCCCAAGGCCACGCCAAAGGCAACGCCCAAGAGCGCUGCGAAGUCCACGGUUCAAGAGGCCGAAGCUGAGCCUGAGCCGACAGAGUCCGCGCCGGCAGAGCCGGAACCGGCCACACCAAGAUCUGCUCGUUCCAGAUCACCGGCGAAGGCUACUCCGCCGAAGGCCACGCCGCCAAAGCCCACCCCUCCCAAAGCCUCACCCAAGAAGGCCAGCCCGAAGGCUGCGACGCCGAAGCCCGAACCCCCAACACCUCAAGCGACUCCGAAAGCUGCUCCCAAGGCUUCGCCCAAAGAAAGCCCCGUUCAGGACAAGACGUCGCCACCAGCCGUCCCAAACGGCCCAAGCCCACCGCCAGCACCGCCAGCAGCCCGCGAGGCGCCUCAACCGCCCGAGCCCUCUACACCGCCGGCAAAGGUGAGAAAGCAAAGCAGCCCACCGCCGAAAGCAGUUCCAGCAGAGGCUGGCAAAGCAGCACCAUCAGAGCUGGAGGCGGCGGAAGAGGCUGUGAGAGCGUGCCGGGCCCGUGAGAGGGAGUCGCAGGAGGCCGUGCAGGCAGCCAAGGAGGCUUCUCUUCGCACGAAAACCUUGGAAGAGGAGAUUCGCAAGCUGGUCCACGGCGCGGAAAAUGCCAAGGCAUGUGCGCAGAAGGCUCAUGUGGCAGCUUCCAAGGCACAGCGCUCUGCCGAGAAGGCUUUGAAGGAGCAGCACAGCAUUGAGGCUGCAAUGAAGGCGAAGCAGCAAGAGGUCGAGGCGAUGGCGGCCGAGGCCGCCAAAAGGACUGAGCUUGAAAAAGGGCUUCUGGAGGCGGUUACUCAGCGAGAGCAGGCGCAGGCAAGACUGGCGCAGAAGCGUGCGGCCACGCAGCCCUCGGCCUGGGCCGGUGCGAAGGCACCACCUUUGGAUUCGCGGACGCCGCGUCGCUUAGAAUGA